AUGAUUCCCUUUAGACAACUCUUUCUCAUAGCACCCUCCCUUCUUCUCAGUGUCGUUGCGGCCACCCCUGGUGCCCAUGAUGACCUGAGCAUCCGCAAUGAUGCCGACAGCACCAGCUAUAUCUUAGAAACCCGCGACUUCGACUUCGACUUCCCACUUGAGCCCCGUGACGAGGAUGAUGUGUUCAUCCGCUCCGUCGGGGGGCUAAGCGAACCGCAUAUGGGGGGCCGCGGGCUCGGGAGCAUGCUCAAGAAGGCUGCUUCCGUCGCCAAGAAGGUUGCCGGCCCGGCAAAGAAGGCCGCCGGUGCUGUGAAGAAGGCCGCUGCCCCUGCAAAGAAGGCUGCUGCUUCCGUGAAGAAGGCCGCCGCGAAGCCGAAGGCUGCCUUGAAGAAGGCUGCUACGAAGGCAAAGAAGGCCACCCCAAAGAAGGCUGCCUCCAAACCAAAGAAGGCUGCCUCCACCCCAAAGAAGGCUGCCUCCAAACCAAAGAAGGCCGCCUCCAAGCCAAAGAAGGCUGCCUCCAAGCCAAAGAAAGCUGCUGCUAAGAAGGCGACAUCCAAGGCAAAGCCCGGUGCUAAGAAGGCCGCCCCCAAGAAAGCUGGAGCCAAGGGGAAAGCCCCCGCCAAGAGCAAGGCUGGAGCCAAGAAAUCUGCCUCCAAGGGAUCCAAGGGCAAAGCUGCUUCAAAGAAGCCCGGCCCUAAGAAGGCGGCUCCCAAGAAAGCUGGAGCCAAGAGCAAGUCUGGAGCUAAGAAGUCUGGCUCUAAGGGCAAAGCUCCUUCAAAGAAGGCUGGUCCUAAGAAGGCGACUCCCAAGAAAGCCGGAGCUAAGGGGAAGUCGCCCGCCAAGAGCAAGUCUGGAGCCAAGAAGCCUGGUUCUAAGGGAUCUAAGGGCAAGGCUCCUUCAAAGAAGGCCGGUGCUAAGAAGGCGGCCCCCAAGAAAUCUGGAGCCAAGAGCAAGUCUGCAGCCAAGAAGUCUGGCUCCAAGGGAUCCAAAGCUGCUUCAAAGAAGCCCGGUGCUAAGAAGGCGACUCCCAAGAAAGCCGGAGCCAAGGGGAAGUCGCCCGCCAAGAGCAAAUCUGGAGCCAAGAAGCCUGGUUCUAAGGGGUCCAAGGGCAAAGCUCCUUUAAAGAAGGCCGGUGCUAAGAAGGCUGGCCCCAAGAAAGCUGGAGCUAAGGGGAAAUCCGCCUCCAAGAGCAAGUCUGGAGCCAAGAAGCCUGGUUCUAAGGGGUCCAAGGGCAAAGCCCCUUCAAAGAAGGCCGGUGCUAAGAAGGCUGGCCCCAAGAAGGCUGGGGCUAAGGGAGCCAAGGGCAAAGCUUCUGGCAAGGGCAAGUCUGCUUCUAAGAAAUCCGGUCCGAAGAAGGCUGGAGCUAAGAAGGCUGGAGCUAAAGGAACCAAGGGAAAGCCUUCCGGGAAGGGAAAAGCUACUUCCAAGAAAGCUGGACCCAAGAAAUCUGGUUCUAAGGGAACCAAAGGCAAAGCUCCUUCUAAGAAGGCUGGCCCCAAGAAGGCUGGAUCUAAGAGCAAGGCUGCUUCUAAGGGGAAACUUGGUGCUAAGAAACCUGCUGCAAAGAAAUCUGGUGCCAAGGGAGCUAAGGGAAAGGCCGCUUCUAAGAAAGCUGGACCUAAGAAAUCUGGAGCCAAGAAAGCAGGUUCUAAGGGAUCCAAGGGAAAGACCCCCGGCAAGGGCAAGGCUGCGUCCAAGAAAGCCGGCCCCAAGAAAUCUGGCUCCAAGGGAGCCAAGGGAAAGGCUCCUUCUAGAGGCAAGGCCGCUUCCAAGAAAGCCGGUGCUAAGAAAGCUGGUCACAAGGGAGCCAAGGGAAAGGCUCCUUCUAAGAAGGCUGGCCCCAAGAAGGCUGGAGCUAAGAGCAAGGCCGCUUCCAAGGGAAAACCUGGCUCCAAGAAAGCCAGCUCUAAGGGAGCUAAGGGUAAAGGUGUCUCCAAGAAGACUGGCCCUAAGAAAGCCGGAGCCAAGGGGGCCAGUCGGAAGGGUGCUUCUAAGAAACCUGGGAAUUCCAAGAAAGCUGGAAACAAGGCUGGCAAAGGAGUAAAGAGCAGCAACCGCAAGAAGGCUGGAAACAAGAGCACCGGCAGCGAGAAAGCCGGAAACAAGAACGCCAACCGGAAUAAGGGACAAACUGCCAAAAACGCCAAACCCGCAAAGAACAAGGGUGGCAAUGACAAGAAGAACAGCAAGGGUUCCAAGAACGCCGCUCCCAGCUGCUCGAUCAGACGGCGUCAGGUUAUGGGCGAGGACUUGCCUCCACAGACUGCAGACAACCACAAGCAGAAUGGAGAAUACAACCUGAAAGAGGAUGAGAAUGUGCUCGCGAAAACCAAAGGCGCACAACAGAUCCAAAAGGGCGACAAGGUCAACAUGCCUGAUAUGAGCGGGUGCACUGGCGCUUAUGCCUGGGAUAAGGAUAAUAACCUCGUUGGCGCCCACCAUAUCUUUUCUGGCCAAGAGAACGCUCAGGGUGAAAACUUUGGCAAAAGACUUGGUCGUCAGGGAAAGACCGUCCACAAGGUGGAUAUCGCGGCUGAGAACGACACAAAGUACAAUCAAGCCAAAACGGCAAUCAAUGAUGCAUAUGAGAAGACUAAGUGGAAGGAUGAACCUUCUCUACAGUUUUCUAACCGCAUAGACUACCCGUCUGUUACAACAGGAGAGAAACCUGAAGAUAACAAGGCAACUCCACAGGAAGGCAAGCUUUCAAGGCAUAAGCUCACAGCUGAGUCCGGGACUGGACAAGUUGGUGUAAACCACUACUGGCAGGAACCUUCAUGCUGA